GCUGAGUAAUAUUUCCUUGCUUUAUCGAAUUUUAGUAUUCGAUUAACUUUGAAAGUUAAAAAAUUCAAUUCGAAACGGUAUUUUAAAUCAAAAAAAUUAAUUACACUUCGAAACUAAUUUGAAACGAAUUUUUAAAUUAUACAACAAGAAAAAAAAAUUAAAAAAUGGUUGAUGUUGAAACAAUUGCAUCAAUAUUUGUUAAAUUAUUUAAAUUACUAUUAAAUAUAAUUGUAUUAGUACUUUAUCGUACUGGUGAUGGUGGUUAUUUUUUGGGUGUUGCUGGCACAUGGAAUCUAAAUGAAGAGAAAGGUGCUGAUGCUGAAAUUGUUGCAUCUGGUGUAUUUGUCGGUUAUUUAAUAUAUACAAGUGUACAAUUGAUAGCAUUUAUGUUUGGUACAACAAAACAUAAACGUGAAUUAUCUGAUACAAUUAUGAAUUUUGUUGGAACAUUCUUAUGGUUAGCUGUUGGUGGUGUUGCAUUACAUUAUUGGAGUGGUUAUUUAGCUGAUCAUGAUUUCUUAUAUGUUGCAACUGAAAGACAAAUUGGACUUGCAUUAGGUUCAAUAUCAGUUCUAUCUGCUGCUUUAUAUUUAUUGGAUACGGUAUUGGCUUUUGUACAUUUUGCUAAAGAUGAUACAAUAGAAUACAAAGUAGCUCCACAUUAAAAUAAUAUGGGUAGAAAUUCGAGUAAAUUCUUUUAUGUACCUAUAGUUUUGUAAUAUUUUUUUAUAAUAAAAGUAUUUUUCACGUAUUUUUUAAUAAGAAAAAAAAAAAUAUAAAUGUGACAAUAUGACUAAUCCUAAAUAUAUGCAAUUUAUUGUAUUUGUAAGUGUAAUUUUUUUAAAUAUUUUUAAAUAAAGAAAAAAAAGAAUGUUGUAUGACUAAUUCGAUUUGUUUAUGUUUAAAAAUAUUUACAGAUAAAGAUAAUAACAGAUAA